AUGGUUGAAGAAGCUGUUCUUAGCUUCCUACAGAAGAACGAUGAGAUUCCGGAUACGGAGAAGUUUGCUGAAGAGCGUGGGUUAAACCACGACGACAUUGUCAACGUCCUUAAGAGUCUCCAUGGAGAUGGACUUGUCGACGCUCCUGGUUUAUUUGAGAAACAGAGGAAGCGUUGGGUGCUAACUGAUGAAGGGAAAGAGUAUGCUAAAUCAGGAUCCCCAGAAAUUCAACUCUUUUUGGCUAUACCUCCCGAGGGCAUUGCAAAAGAGGACUUGCAGAAAAAGCUAGAGCCUUCUCUUUUCAAGAUUGGUUUGCAGCAGGCUAUUAAGAACAAAUGGGUGGAGAUGGGAAAGUCACAACUUUCAAAAAAGGUCCAAAAUGUCGAGGAUAGAGUUAAAGAUUUGCUUGUGAAAAUCCAGAAUGGAGAGACGGUUGGUUCAGAGGAUAUUGAUGCCCUUAAAAGACGAAAGCUUAUCACACAGCAGGCAUGGAAAGGAUACUCAGUUAAAAAGGGUCCUAAGUAUGCUCCAAGCAGGAAAAAAGCUGCUACUGAUCUUACACGAGAGAACAUUUUGAGGGGUGACUGGAAGGAGUUGGAGUUCAAAGAAUACAACUUCAAAGCUAAAGGUCCACCCAUUGAAGGUGGCCAUCUGCAUCCUUUGCUCAAGGUGCGGCGUCAAGUUCAAAUGAUUUUUCUCCAAAUGGGAUUCGAGGAGAUGCCUACAAAUAAUUAUGUGGAAAGCAGUUUCUGGAAUUUUGAUGCUUUGUUCCAGCCCCAGCAACACCCUGCUCGGGAUUCACAUGAUACAUUCUUUCUGAAAGAACCUUCCACUACAAAGGCAUUGCCUGAAGAUUAUGUUGAGAGGGUCAAGCAUGUACACGAAGAUGGAGGUUAUGGUUCACGGGGGUAUCGUUAUGAUUGGAGUCGAGAUGAAGCAAAUAAGAAUGUUUUGAGGACUCAUACAACUGCUGUUUCUUCAAGGAUGCUGUACCAGCUGGCACAGAAACCUUUUGCUCCCAGAAGAUAUUAUUCUAUAGAUCGUGUUUUCAGAAAUGAAGCCGUCGAUAGAACUCAUCUUGCUGAAUUCCACCAGAUAGAAGGUGUCAUGUGUGAUAGGGGACUUUCCCUUGGUGAUCUGAUAGGAGUUCUUCAUGAUUUCUUUUCUCGUUUGGGCAUGACAAAGCUCCGGUUCAAGCCUGCUUACAAUCCAUAUACAGAACCCAGUAUGGAAAUCUUCAGCUAUCAUGAGGGCUUUAAGAAGUGGGUAGAAGUUGGAAAUUCCGGGAUGUUCAGACCUGAGAUGUUGCAGCCUAUGGGUUUGCCUGAAGAUGUCAGGGUAAUUGCUUGGGGUCUUUCACUUGAAAGGCCUACAAUGAUCCUUUAUGGAAUCAAUAACAUCAGAGAUCUCUUCGGGCACAAGACUGAAAUAAUUGAAAAGGAGAGAAGCAUUGGGCCUGGGCCUAGUCUCGAAAAGAAGGACGCUGGCCCAAGAGGCUUCAAAGUUAAAACCCCUCUCGCUUCUAAUUUUUCCUCGGACUGCAUAGAAAGAAAUCUGAUAGUCUCCGGCAACCGUGCGCCGAGGUAUAUAAAUAUGAUGAACAACAUGGCAUCUUUGUUUAGUCGAUUAACAGUCAGAGAACUGGUAGCUACCACUCCUGCUUACAGCUCUGCUACUGAUGUAACUAAAGAUGGAUUGAGCUUGGUAUUCAGGCGUUGGGCUACCAAAAAGACAGCUGGAUCAUCAAAGAAUGGGCGGGAUUCUAAUCCCAAAUAUCUUGGAGUGAAGAAAUUUGGUGGAGAGGUGAGCUUGAAGCUAGUUGUCCUUUAGAAUCAUGUUUGUUCUGGUCUUUUUGGUCUUGUUGCUGUUGUUUUGUUCAGAUUAGGAACUUGUUUCUCUGUGGCACAGAGAGUUAUCCCUGGAAACAUCAUUGUCCGUCAAAGGGGAACCCGUUUUCACCCAGGAAAUUAUGUUGGAAUCGGGAGAGAUCACACCCUCUUUGCUUUGAAAGAAGGUCAUGUGAAGUUUGAACAUCAUAAGCUGAGCGGGCGCAAGUGGGUACAUGUUGAACCCAAAGAUGGUCAUCAGAUUCAUCCUGUUUACUUGAGUGGUGCAUCUACAAAGGUGGAGACAGCUACUUAGGUUAAAGUUUCAUCCUUUCCUCUGGAAAAUUUGGCCUCUUAGAUAUAUUAUUUGAUCAAAGUUGUAACUUGUCAGGGAACUCAUAUCAUAAGCAUAUGAUGGUGGUCUUUUGGUUAUAUUGCUAGUUGAACUUUGAGUUGAGGGGACGGAGUCCCUUGUAAAUUGAUUGAUCAACCAUUUUCAUGGUUAAUUCGCCAUAAAAAGCUGACAGUCCUGAUAUGUGCCUUGGUAGUUCAAAUUUUUGGUGUUAUAAAUCCGGGUUUCAUAAUUUGAUUCUAUUGUACUUGUAUAUAUACAGUGAUCACUCUGUCGCCAGCAGUCAGCCCAAUAUGAUGGUUGAUAAAGAUGUCAU